CAAAYGUUUGGCAGCAUCAAUCAGUGGCGUAUCGAAAAGCAACUACAACAGCAACCGCACAGCCCACAGCCACCACUACAAAAAGCAUAUAAAAACGAGAAGAGAAAGAGAGAGAGUCAAACUCAGRCGAGRAGAACGCGUUGUGUGCGCUGCKGUCGGAUASAGCGCYUCAAGUGUACUGGGGACGGCAUGGCCAUUAGCCGGGGACGCGGCAAACGCACGCACUCUUGGUUUCUGCUCAAAGAUUCAGUGAUAUUUGCAUUAGUGUUGUGUGUGCUACAGUUGCUACAGGCAUAUGCGCUAAGUAAACUAGCGAUAAGCGCAGAGAUGGUACAAGUCGCCAAAGGUGGUGGCGCAAAUGAGCGGCGAUCUAAUAAUAACGCCAACGCGGGAAGUAAAGAACCAGGCGCCGUGGAACCCGCGAUGACGCAGUUUGUGGAGACAUUACUGCUUGAUCAACAAACAGUAGGGGAAACCAAAGAAGCGGCUGAGAAGUUUGCGAGUACCGUCAACAGUAUUAGUAUGAGCCCGAAAAGUAACAAGAUUAGCAAUAGUGGUAGGAUUAGUAACGUUAGUCUAAGCAAUGGCAGUAAUCACAAYGCAGCYACMACWUCCGAUAAGUCAGCGCUGAUUGACGCGCAUAAAUCAAGCGAUAAGCGAGUUGGCAAGCCGCAAGCCAUAAACGAAAGCGAUACAYUGAGCAACAUUGCAAAUAUACACAACAACACACAGCGUAUGCUUGCGGUGGGUGUUGCGGCCACAGCCGCCGGCGUCGGCAAGACUCACCAAGCAACGCAAACGGCUGCGAGUACUUACAAUGGCGCUAUGAAUGGCACUGACGGCAAGCAAACACAGCGCGCGGUCAUCAACAUGCCCGAGCAGAUACGUGAGAACAUUGUGCUGUCAUCUGUCGAUCCGGAAAAGGAGGCACAGCUGUUGUACGAGCAAACAUUGCUGGAAUAUCAUGGUAGUAUGCAGGCAGCUGCGGCGGCAAGCAGUCCACCAUCAGCGGUCACAGCUGAUAAGCCAACGGCGGAGGAGAGUGGACGCACGCCACUGCUGGAGGGCGCCAGCGCAGAGCGGCAACCACGCACACUGCACAGCGUUUGCGAAGUGUGGACGCAGAAGCAUUGUCACUGCACCGGCACACUGGAGCGGCUGUCGCUGAGUUGCCGCGGUAUCGGCGUUGUUGCGGUGCCCGUGGAGCUGCCUGACACCGUUGUGACCUUAGACUUGGGCAACAACAACAUAACUAUAUUUGAGGCUAAUACAUUUUUUAUGGUACCUAACCUCGAAGAAUUAACUUUAUCCGACAAUAGCAUCAUUAAUAUUGAUCCGAAUGCAUUUUAUGGACUUGGUAAAUUGAAACGUUUGAAUUUACAAAACUGUGGCCUUAAAUCGUUGCCGGCGCACACAUUUCAGGGAUUGAAGAGUUUAAUCUCACUCCAGCUGAACGGCAACGCCUUAGCCAGCAUGGACACGGACAGCCUGCAGCAUCUGCCCAAGCUACGCACGCUCCGGCUCGAGGGCAAUCUGUUCUAUCGGAUACCGACAAACGCUUUGGCUGGAUUAAAGAMACUCGAAGCACUAAAUCUUGGCAGCAACCUUCUGACAAUAAUUAACGAUGACGACUUCCCACAUAUGCCAAAUUUAGUGGUGCUUCUUUUGAAGCGAAAUCAAAUAAUGAAGAUCUCCUCGAGUGCAUUCACGAAUCUGACGGCGUUGAAAGUGUUAUCAGUUACCAGCAAUCGCUUGCGUUGGAUAAAUGAAACGGAUUUGCCGAGAAAUUUACAAACGGUUGAUUUUCGUGCGAAUCCGCUUUCCAUAAUCAUGCCGAAAGCUCUGCGCGGCAUGACGAGAUUGCGAAAAUUAAUUCUAUCCGAUGUGCGUUCACUCAAGGUUUUCCCCGAUCUCGACGGCUGCUUCUCAUUGGAGGUUAUAAAAUUAGAUCGCGCCGGUAUCAAAGAAGUGCCCGCCAAUUUGUGUCGUCAAACACCAAGACUGAAAAGCUUAGAGCUAAAAACGAAUUCCUUAGUGCGCAUUCCCACUUUAGCCAAUUGCAGAGAAUUAAGACUGUUAGAUCUUUCGAGUAAUUACAUUGAGUCUCUUAGUGGGCGACCCUUCGCCGGCCUUAAACAACUCCACGAUUUGCUGCUCUCAUAUAAUCGCAUAAAAGCGAUACCUUACGAUGCCUUCUUCGGCAUACCACGUUUACAGUUGUUAGACUUAGAAGGUAAUGAGAUCACCGCCAUACACAAAGAAGCCUUUAUGCCUUUCGCCAAGUUGGAGGACCUAAAUUUGGGCAAUAAUAUUUUUCCCGAGCUGCCGUCRGCUGGCCUAGGCAAACUGCUGCAUUUAAAGACUUUCAACAAUCCGAAGCUGCGUGAGUUCCCUGCGCCAGACACGUUUCCACGCAUUCAAACGCUUAUACUUUCGUACGCCUACCAUUGCUGCCCUUUCAUACCGUUAGUGGCGAUGUCGGCGGCCAAGAAGCCCCCACUUGUACAAGAAGCUGUGCUCUUUCCAUCCGAUUCGGAGUUUGACAUGAGCUUGUGGAACAAUAGUAUGAUGGAUAUAUGGCCGCAGCUACAGAAUCUCAGCAAAAAGUUUGGCAAUCAAAUGCACGACAUUUGGGAUAAUUUCGGUCAGGACUUUAAUUAUCCCGGAAAUAUACCAACUUAUGUCGAGGAAUACUUCGAGGAAGACGGCACAGGCACGACGACGAGCUCAAUGAGCAUGAGCAGCAGUUUCGCCGGCUUCAGCAAUGGUCUCUUCGGCACGAUGGACAUUGACAUAGCACCAGGCUCCAUACAAUGUCUACCAAUGCCCGGWCCGUUUUUGCCCUGCUCCGAUCUCUUCGACUGGUGGACUUUGCGUUGUGGCAUUUGGGUUGUUUAUCUGCUGGCAUUGCUAGGUAACGGUACUGUUAUUAUAGUGCUGUUAUUCUCACGUUCGAAGAUGGAUGUGCCACGCUUUCUGGUGUGCAACUUGGCUGCCGCAGAUUUCUUAAUGGGCAUUUAUCUCGGCACUUUGGCCAUUGUAGACGCUGCCACAUUGGGUGAGUUUCGCAAGUUUGCCAUUCCCUGGCAGAUGUCGCGAACGUGUCAGUUUUCUGGUUUCAUGGCAGUGCUGUCGUCAGAGUUGUCGGUUUACACGCUAGCGGUGAUUACCCUAGAGCGUAAUUAUGCGAUAACCCACGCGAUACAUCUCAAUAAGCGCCUAUCGCUGCAUCAGGCCUCAUAUAUCAUGGCUGCGGGUUGGACUUUUGCGCUAAUCAUGGCUACAUUGCCGUUGUUGGGCGUCUCCGACUAUCGAAAGUUUGCUGUGUGUCUGCCGUUCGAGACCACAACCGGCGUGGCUAGUUUGACGUAUGUCAUUGCGUUGAUGUUUAUUAACGGUUGCGCCUUCCUGACACUUAUGGGCUGCUAUUUGAAAAUGUACUGGGCCAUACGUGGCUCACAGGCCUGGAAUAGCAAUGACUCACGCAUAGCAAAACGAAUGGCUUUACUUGUCUUUACCGAUUUUCUUUGUUGGUCGCCCAUAGCUUUCUUUUCUAUCACUGCCAUAUUUGGUCUGCAACUAAUCACAUUGGAGCAAGCCAAGAUCUUCACCGUAUUCGUACUGCCAUUAAAUUCGUGCUGCAACCCUUUUCUCUAUGCCAUCAUGACGAAGCAAUUCAAGAAGGACUGCAUAACGCUGUGCAAACACUUUGAGGAGACGCGUGUUACGCGCGGUGCAGUUGCCGCCAACACAGCACUAGCCGGUGGACUGAGCCGGCGAGGCGGUGUGCGCAUGCCGAAAGAACUGCCGCCYUUGCUGCCCGCCACACAUCCGCCCGGUUGCCGUUGCUUGCGCAUGAUGCCCAAUGAAAUGCCGAAUUGGCAUAAAUUACAAGAGCGCGAUCAACGGCGUGACUCGUGGAUUUGCUUAACGUGGCAUCGCUUAGCAAUCUGCUGCCAUUGCACCGAUCCAGACGACGACGAUGACGUAUUGACACCAGAGCGACGCCGUCUCGACGGACGCCGGACACGUAAAGCGAACAAAUCGAAUCAUCGKCAUGCGCGUACACGUUCGCACAAUGCCAAUACCGAACCGUACCUUUAUCAGUUCGCUGAGCUAAAGCAGAAACAGAAGCAGACACGCGCCAGCUCAAUAUCUAGUGAGAAUUUCUGUUCGUCACGUUCAUCUAGUUGGCGCAAUGGCCCACCAUCGGCGGGCGCGCUGCCGCACACUUGUAACAUACCACUCAAGAUGAU